GCAAUGAGUGAACCGGCUGCAAAAAGGGCGAAACUCGAUUAUGAAAAUGCAACACAGAAAAUUCUGGAACAGAUUGAUCAGGUGCAAGGUGAAAUUGAUUCAUUGAACGAGAAAGCUAGCGAAGAGAUAUUAAAGGUUGAACAAAAGUAUAAUUCGCUUAGAAAGCCGUUUUUUGAUAAACGUAAUGAGCUUGUCAAAAAAAUACCCAAUUUUUGGGUCACUACGAUUGUGAAUCACCCAAAUAUAAGUGUGCUUGUUGACGAAGAAGAAGAAGAAUGUCUUCAUUAUUUAUUAAGAGUGGAGGUUGAAGAAUUUGAUGAUAUAAAAUCAGGAUAUAGGAUCAAAUUUGUGUUUGAAGAAAAUCCUUUUUUCGAAAAUGACAUUAUAGUCAAAGAAUUUUUUCUUGGAAAUGCCGAGCCUACUAGCACCACAACGGAAAUUCGUUGGAAAAGUGGCAACAAUAUCAUUAAUAAGGUUGAAUUAAAUCAAGGCGAUAGUCCUGGGCCACGUUCUUUUUUCAUCUGGCUAACAGAAAAUCAGGAUGCUAGUAACGAUGAAAUCGCUGAGCUAAUUAAGGACGACCUUUGGCCUAAUCCACUGCAAUAUUAUUUAAUUCCGGAUUUGGAGGCUGGGCCCGAAGAAGGUGAUGAUGAUGAUGACGAUGAUGAUGAAUUAGUUGGUUCGGAUAAUGAUGAAAAUGUGGAAGACUUAGAAGAAGCUGAUGAAGUAGGUGAAGAUCACGAAGAUGACUAA